UGACCCGGAAAUACUUGUUUUAUUGUUGCUGGCGAGUCGCUUGUAGCAUUGAUUCAGUAUAUCAUCUUUGAAGCGGAUUUUGUUUUGUUUGUGAUCAACAUAAUUUUUACGUGGACAAAGCCAUAUUCGUUGAAUCUUCAACUCUCAAUCGAUUGAAAAUGUCUCAACUACAGUUGCUGCGUGAGUUUUUAAAUGAGCGUGUAAUGGCUGCUGCUGUCGACAUUUUUGGGGCAGUUGAGAAAACGGUAGCUGAGUACCAAGAGGAAAAUGAUCGUCUACGGAGACUGCUGCGGAUAGAUUCCUUGCAGCUCUCUCUCGCUGUCUCUGAAGAGGAGGUUCUCCCUGAGCAUCAGCAUUGUGAGCAGGAGUGGAGCUUCAGUCUGGGACAGGAGAACACUGAAGCCACGCAGAUUAAAGAGGAAGAGGAGCAAAUCAGUCAGGGGGAAGAACGGCUUCAAGACCUCUUUGAUACCAAAAAUGCCACUUUCACUCCUGCCUGUGUGUCAAGUAAAUGUGAUCAGGUGGACCCCUUGACUCCUCAAAUCCAGACUUUGGAGAACCGAGAGUGUGACCUGAAACAAGUGAAUCUCACACCUUUUGGUACUGUGACUCAGCUAAAGGCUCUCAACAUUCCAUGUGACCCUCCAAAUAAUCAAAACAAUGCAUCCAGCCACAGCACAGCCGAAAGCAGUGACCCAAUAGGACUCGACAGCAGCCCAACAUUAGAUCCCAGCCUACCAUUGACUCACAACCCACCAUUUAAGAAACACACAUCCAAACCCAGCAACACAGCUAUAAAAACUCUCUGCUGCUGUGACUGUGGUGAAACAUUUGCUCUAAAGGCUGACCUGCAGAUGCAUGUGACUCUCGCCAAGAAGCAACCCCGUGAAUGCCAAUUCUGCAAAAAUUUCUACAGUUCUACCUGUAAACUGAAGGCCCAUGUCAGACUGUGUCACGAUGGGAAAACCAGCACCUGCCCCUAUUUUGGAAAGACCUUCAAACUAGGAGAUCUGUCCAAGCACAUGAUUCACACAGGAGAGAAACGAUUUAGCUGUGGUGACUGUGGGAAGAGCUUUAAUCGCAAGGGGAAUCUAACCCAACAUAUACUGACUCACACAGGUGAGAAAUCAUUUAGUUGUGGUGACUGUGGGAAAAGCUUCAGUCUCAAGAGGAACCUAACCGAACAUGUUCGGACUCACACAGGAGAGAAACCAUUUAGCUGUAGUGACUGUGGGAAGAGCUUCAAACAGAAGGGACACCUAACCAUGCAUAAACUGACUCACACAGGAGAGAAACCAUUUAGCUGUGGUGACUGUGGGAAGAGUUUCAAUCGCAAGCAGCCCCUAAACAUGCAUAAACUGACUCACACAGGAGAGAAACCAUUUAGCUGUGAUGACUGUGGGAAAAGUUUUAAUUUGAAGGACUCCCUAAAGAAACACAAAUUUACUCACACAGGAGAGAAACCCUUUAGUUGUGGUGACUGUGGGAAAAGCUUCUAUCAGAAGGGGCACCUGAACGUGCACAAACGGACUCAUACGGACUCAUACUGAUUCACACAAGAGAGAAACCAUUUAGCUGUGGGAAAAGCUUUAGUGUCAAGGGGAACCUAACCAUGCACAAACUGACUGCUGCUCAGGCUAGGAUUCCGUCGUAAGUAGAGGUCGGCCGAUUAUGAUUUUUCAACGCCGAUACCGAUAAUUGGAGGACCAAAAAAAGCUGUUGCCGAUUUAAAAUAACAUUUUUUUUUUACUUUUUUUUUUUAAACAUUUAUUUGUAAUAAUGACAAUUACAACAAUACUGAAUGAACACUUAUUUUUACACUUAAUAUAAUAGAUCAAUAAAAUCAAUUUAGCCUCAAAUAAAUAAUGAAACAUGUUCAAUUUGGUUUAAAUGAUGCAAAAACAAAGUGUUGGAGAAGAAAGUAAAAGUGCAAUAUGUGCCAUGUAAGAAAGCUAACGUUUAAGUUCCUUGCUCAGAACAUGAGAACAUGUUAAAAGGAAGCACCAGCUUUCAUAUGAGUCUUCAAUAUUCCCAGGUAAGACGUUUUAGGUUGUAGUUAUUAUAGGACUAUUUCUCUAUACCAUUUGUAUUUCAUUAACCUUUGACUAUUGGAUGUUCUUAUAGGCACUUUAGUAUUGCCAGUGUAACAGUAUAGCUUCCGUCCCUCUCCUCGCCCCUACCUGGGCUUGAACCAGGAACACAACGACAACAGCCAUCCUCGAAGCAGCGUUACCCAUGCAGAGCAAGGGGAAUAACUACUCCAAGUCUCAGAGCGAGUGACGUUUGAAACGCUAUUAGUGAGCACCCCGCUAACUAGCUAGCCAUUUCACAUUGGUUACAGCAGCCUAAUCUCGGGAGUUGAUAGGCUUGAAGUCAUAAACAGCUGCUGGUAAAACACACGAAAGUGCUGUUUGAAUGAAUGCUUACGAGCCUGCUGCUGCCUACCAUCGCUCAGUCAGACUGCUCUAAUCAAAUCAUAGACUUAGUUAUAACAUAACACACAGAAAUACAAGCCUUAGGUCAUUAAUAUGGCCGAAUAUGGAAACUAUCAUCUCAAACAAUACGUUUAUUCUUUCAGUAAAAUACGGAACCGUUCCGUAUUUUAUCUAAUGGGUGGCAUCCAUAAGUCUAAAUAUUCCUGUUACUUUGCACAACCUUCAAUGUUAUGUCAUAAUUACGUAAAAUUCUGGCAAAUUAGUUUGCAAUGAGCCAGGCUGCCCAAACUGUUGCAUAUACCCUGACUCUGCGUGCAUUGAACGCAAGAGAAGUGACACAAUUUCAUCUGGUUAAUAUUGCCUGCUAACCUCAUUGAUGUUUAUGGUUUAGGUACACAUUGGACCAACGACAGUCCUUUUUCACAAAUACACACCGCAUCGAUUGUAUGCAAUGCAGGACACGCUAGAUUAACUAGUAAUAUCAUCAACCAUGUGUAGUUAACUAGUUAUUAUGAUUAAUUGAUUGAUUUUGUUUUUUAUAAGAUGAGUUUAAUGCUAGCUAGCAACUUAUCUUGGCUUACUGCAUUCGCGUAACAGGCAGUUUCCUCGUGGAGUGCAAUGUAAUCAGAUGGUUAGAGCGUUGGACGAGUCAACUGUAAGGUUGCAAGAUUGAAUCCCCUGAGCUGACAAGGUAAAAAUCUGUCGUUCUGCCCCUGAACGAGGCAGUUAACCCACCGUCAUUGAAAAUAAGAAUGUGUUCUUAACUGACUUGCCUAGUCAAUUAAAGAUUAAAUAAAGGUGUAAAAAAAAAAAAUAAUAAUAAUAAUAAUCUGCCAAAUCGGUGUCCAAAAACACCGAUUUCCGAUUGUUAUGAAAAGUUGAAAUCGGCCCUAAUUAAUCGGCCAUUCCGAUUAAUCGGUCGACCUCUAGUCGCAAGGUUCAGCUGCUGAAACAUGUGAAUAAAGUCCACAAGGAAAGAGAACAGGACUAAAACAGAAAUACAAUUGGGAGAGCUCUUCUGUUGACAUUUAUUUGGAUUACAAUUGUCCUUGAGGCAGAACUGAGCAAUUUCCUCUAGAUGGGCCAGCUGCAAAGUCAGAAUUGGCUAUAUUGUAAAAAUGUAUGAAAACAAAAAUGUAAGGUUAGCUUUAAAAUCAGAUUGUAUGACUUUGUGGCCGUGCCAGCUAGUGACCACUCUGCAGAGCUGCCUCCAGAAUAAGAUACAUGAUGUAAAAAACACUAAUCUGCAUCAGAAGAUGGAAAUUUAAAAGUCAGGGUUUGGUCACAGAAAGGAAAGUAAACUCUGCACAAUACAUGCUCUAGAUGUACUUUUGUAAAACGUCCUAUGGGGCUAAAGAGAGCGAAUAAUUCGAAACAUAAAUUGUUUUAAAUAGGCUGUGUAAAUACACUUUACAGGCACCAUAAUUGCUUCCUGUGGGCAUAUAAUAUUAAAACAAAGCUGACUAUGGAGAGUUUUACAUACAUACACACUUUUCACAGUAGCUGGACAAAGAUCUAAUAUAAAGGGAGCUUGUCCAUUCACCAUUUUACUGCUUCCAAAUAUAACGUUUUAUACACAGUACCAGUCAAAAGUUUGGACACACCUACUCAUUCCAGGGUUUUGCUUUUAUUUUUUACAUUGUAGAAUAAUUAGUGAAGACAUCAAAACUAUGAAAUAACACAUGGAAUCAUGUAGUAACCAAAAAAGUGAUAAACAGAUCAAAAUAUAUUUGAGUUUCUUCAAAGUACCCACCCUUUGCCUUGAUGACAGCUUUGCACAAUCUUGGCAUUCUCUCAACCAGCUUCAUGAGGUAGUCUCCUGGAAUGCAUUUCAAUUAACAGGUGUGCCUCGUUAAAAGUGAAUUUGUGGAAUUUCUUUCCUUAAUGCGUUUGAGCCAAUCAGUUGUGUUGUGAGAAGGUAGGGGUGGAAUACAGAAGAUAGCCCUAUUUGGUAAAAGACCAAGUCCAUAUUAUGGCAAGAACAGCUCAAAUAAGCAAAGAGAAAUGACAGUCCAUCAUUACUUAAAGGCAUGAAGGUAAGUCAAUGCAGAAAAUGUCAAGAACUGAAAGUUUCUUCAAGUGCAGUCGCAAAAACCAUCAAACACUAUUAUGAAACCGUCUCAUGAGGACCGCCACAGGAAAGGAAGAUCCAGAGUUACCUCUGCUGCAGGUGAUAAGGUCAUGAUUAACCAGCCUCUGAAAUUGCAGCCCAAAUAAAUGCUUCACAGAGUUCAAGUAACAAACACAUCUCAACAUCAACUGUUCAGAGGAGACUGCAUAAAUCAGGCUUUCAUGGUUGAAUUGCUGCAAAGAAACCACUACUAAUAGACACCAAUAAGAAGAGACUUGCCUGAAACAUGAGCAAUGGACAUUAGAUCGGUGGAAAUCUGUCCUUUGGUCUGAUGAAACCAAAUUUGAGAUUUUUGGUUCCAACUGCUGUGUCUUUGUGAGACGCAGAGUAGGUGAACGGAUGAUCUCGACGUGUGGUUCCCACCGAAAAGCAUGGAGGAGGUGUGAUGGUGUGGGGGUGCUUUUCUGGUGACACUGUCUGUGAUUUAUUUAGAGUUCAAGGCGCGCUUUCCCUGCAUGGCUACCACAGCAUUCUGCAGCGAUACGCCAUCCCAUCUGGUUUGGGGUUAUGUGGGAACUCUAAGACUGUUGGAAAAUCAUUCCUGGUUGAGAGAAUGCCAAGAGUGUGCAAAGUAGUCAUCAAAGCAAAGUGUGCCUAAUUUGAUUUGUUUCACACUAUUUUGGUUACUACAUGAUUCCAUAUGUGUUGUUUCAUUGUUUGUCUUCACUAUUAUUCUACAAUGUAGAAAAUAGUACAAAUAAAGAAAAACCCUUGAAUGAGUAUGUAAGACUAUUUUAAGAUGAUACACAAUGCAGAGGACUAGAGGUCAAUAGGGAAUUAACGAUCAAUGGAAAUAGUUGUUUUUCAGUUCAACAUCUGGUUAGAAUCUGGCAAGAUCUCAUUGGUCUGAAUUGUCUAUACAUUGAGCUUGAAACAGGAUACUUGUUAUUUGGCCAUUGGCCCAAUUUUAUUGCAAGGAAUUCUAAAUGGUCAACCACAGACUAGGGUUGGGGGUUAUAAAUGACAUCCUGUCCCUUUUGUUCUGUGGAGAGUCACUGAGGACAGGGAAGAAUGAUCAUCUACUUCUCAGCAUAACAACCAUGAUCAGUUCUCUUUGAAUAAACCCAUUUUUCCUCCCUCCCCCUGAUUUGCUUUGGGGUCUGUGUUACUGAAGAGUAACAUCAACUGCUAACAAGUAGGUGUCCAAACUUUUGACUGGCACUGUACAAAUUGGAAACAUCUUACAGAUCGCAUUCACACUUCUCCAGAAGUUUAAUCAUUCUAAUAAGUUUGCUUGUAUUUUGUUUACUUUGGUUUUAAUAAAUAUAUAUAUAUUUUUAACAACAAUAAAUACAUGUAAAAUGUAAUGAUAUCGUAAAAUCGGCAGCAUAAAAAAAAGAACCAGCCUUCGUUAUAGUAGGCCUAUGGUAAGGGUAGCCUACGGAGGGCUUGGGCUUUCAAAAUGUUAAACGGAAAAUAAACAAUUGUUGCAGGAAAAUACCUUCUAAACACGAGGUUCACAUCUCUAGUUUCACGAUGGGCAUGGAAUAGAUCAUAUAGGCGUUUUCAUGCAAGUCCAAAGCAUGGCUAAAAUAACGUAGGCCUGCCUACAAUACAUAGCUAAAAUGGGAAUGCCAGCUCACUGUUUUGCUCCUCUGAAAUGAGAUAUUUUAAGCUUUGGUGACGUAAGAUUGAUUUUCCCAGCGGACACAUGAGCAAAACACUUUAUCGGAGGUCUUGACUAGCCUACUUGGUUACAUUGGGCAGGACAAAAAAGAAACAGACUUCACUCAGCGGAGGGGAGGCUAUGCUUUGGUUUUAACCAAAUAAAACAAAAUGGGGGAAAAAAUCAUGUUUAUGUUUCUAAAUACAAAGUAUACGCAAAUCACCAAAUAUCAUAUUGUUCCAUGUGAAUUUGGAAACUAUACAGACCCCUUGUACUUGUUUCACAUUUAGUUACGUUUCAGCCUUAUUCUAAAAUGGAUUAAAUUGUUUUUUUCCCAUUCUCCUCAAUCUACACGCUAUCCCAUAAUGACAAAGCAAAACAAGAUUUUAGAAUUUUUGUCAAAUGUAUUAAAAAUAAAUAAAAACAUUUCACAUUUACAUAAGUAUUCAGACCCUUUACUCAGUACUUUAUUGAAGCAACUUUGGCAGCGAUUACAGCCUAGAGUAUUCUUGGGUAUGACGCUACAAGCUUGGCACACCUGUAUUUGGGGAGUUUCCCCCCAUUCUUUGAAGAUCCUCUCAAGCUCUGUCAGUUUGAAUUGGGAGUGUCGCUGCACAGCUAUUUUCAGGUCUCUCCAGAGAUGUUCGAUCUGGUUCAAGACCGGGCUCUGGCUGGGUCACUCAAGGACAUUGAGACUUGUCCCAAAGCCACUCCUGCAUUGUCUUGGCUAUGUGCUUAUGGUCAUUGUCCUGUUGGAAGGUGAACCUUUGCCCCAGUCUGAGGUCCUGAGCCCUCUGGAGCAGGUUUUCAUCAAGGAUCUCUCUGUACUUUGCACCGUUCAUCUUUCCCUCGAUCCUGACUAGUCUCCCAGUCCCUGCCGCUGAAAAACAUCCCCACUGCAUGAUGCUGCCACUACCAUGCAUCACCGUAAGGAUGGUGCCAGGUUUCUUUCAGACGUGAUGCUUGGCAUUCAGGCCAAAGAGUUCAAUCUUGGUUUCAUCAGACCAGAGAAUCUUGUUUCUCAUGGACUGAGUCCUUUAGGUGCCUUUUUGGCAAACUCCAAGUGGGCUGUCAUGUGCUUUUACUGAGGAGUGGCUUCCGUCUGGCCACUACCAUAAAGGCAUGAUUGGUGGAGUGCUGCAGAGAUGGUUGUCCUUCUGGAAAGUUCUCCCAUCUCCACAGAGGAUCUAUGGAGCUAUGUCAGAGUGACCAUUGGGUUCUUGGUCACCUCCCUGACCAAGGCCCUUCUUCCAUUUAAGAAUGAUGGAGGCCACUAUGUUCUUGGGGACUUUCAAUGCUGCAUGUUUUGGUACCCUUCCCCAGAUCUGUGCCACGACACAAUCCUGUCUCAGGGCUCUACGGACAAUUCCUUCGACCUCAUGGCUUGGUUUUUGCUCUGACAUGCACUGUCAACUGUGGAACUUAUAUAUCUCCUCCCCGCUGAUCCUCAACACGG